AUGCAGCAGAACAGCCUCCUCCCCCUGGAGGAGGUUAUUAUCAACAGCCACCUCCUCCCCAGCAGCCCCCCUACGGCGCGCAAUCUCCUCAACCACCUUACGGCGCGCCAUCUCCUCAACCGCCGUACGCCCGGCUACGGCGCUCCCUCUCCCCAACCGUACGGUUCCCCAGCGCCUCCGCAGCAGUAUGGUGCCUCUCCCCAGCCCGGCGGCUACUAUCCGUCGCCUCAACAGCCGGCGGGAUACGGACAGCCGCCUCCGCCGCAGCAAUAUAGUGGUCCGUCGCCCCAGCCAUACGCCUCCCCGAUCCCACCGCAGUAUGGCGCUCCUUCCCCGGGCUACCCGCAACCGCCACCGGGCGCAUACGGGCAGCCUUCGCCUCAGUAUCCACCCUACGCGCAGCAGUAUCCCCCGACGCCUCCGUCGCUCGGGUACGGCCCUCCGCAGAUCAUCCAAUAUUCGGGCGCGGCCGACGCGAACGCGCUGAGGGCGGCCAUGAAGGGCUUCGGGACGGACGAGAAGCUGCUCGUCCGGGUCCUGGCGGACAAGGACCCCUUGCAGGUUGCGACGAUCCGCGACGCGUACUCGCAGCUGCACGGUCGUAAUCUCGAGGCGGACAUCAAGAGCGAGGUGAGCGGCUGGUUCGAGUUCGGGCUGCUGUCCAUCGUCCGCGGGCCCCUGCAGACGGACGUGUUUAUGCUGCACGAGGCCAUGUCGGGGCCGGGCACCAAGGAGAAGGUCCUCAACGACGUGCUGCUCGGGCGGUCCAACGCCGACCUGAACGCCAUCAAGGGCGCCUACCAGCUCACCUACCGCAAGCGGCUCGAGGACGACGUGCGCGGCGACCUCAGCAUGCAGACGGAGCGGCACUUCAUGAUUGUGCUCGGAGCGCAGCGCGCCGAGGACUCGGCGCCCGUCGUCAAGGCCGAGGUCGACCGCGACGUCAACGAGCUGUACAACGCGACCGAAGGCAAGAUCGGCACCGACGAGAUGAAGGUGUGUAGCAUCCUGAGCACAAGGAACGACAACCAGAUACGCGCCAUCGCUGCCGAGUACCAGAAGAAAUACGCGAGGAACUUGGAACACGUCAUCCGCAAGGAAUUCUCGGGCCACAUGGAAGAUGCCUUGCUCUUCCAGCUUCGACAUGGACUCGACCGCUAUAUGCAUCAAGCGCAACUUCUCGAGGACGCCAUGGCCGGAGCCGGCACCGAGGACACGCUCCUUGUGAGCCGUGUCGUCCGUUCCCACUGGGACCGAAAUAACAUGGCCAAUGUGAGAGCAGCAUAUGAACAGCGCUAUCGGACAAAUCUGGCAAAGCGUAUCAGGGGCGAGACAAGCGGUCACUACGAGCGUCUGCUGCUGGCUUGCAUUGGGGAGAAUGUCUAA